AUGAGGCUCGCCCUGCCAUCCGCGAAGCGCGCACGGAAGAAAAGAACCAGAAAUCGAAUUUUCUCGGGGAUUUCCAGACGGCAGCAGCUCCCUCGAAGAAGGGCUGUCAGCGUGGCUCUUUUCCUCCGAGAGUUUGCUUCCGUGGGCGGAGGGGAAUCCUGGUCAGGAGGUCGUGCAGCGUGCGGGAUGGGCAGGGAAGGGCAGGGAAAAAUCGGGAUAUUCAGGAAGGGCAGCGAGGCUCGUCCGAGUCGAGGAGGGUCGACGCUCUCCUGA